GCCUGAGACGUCAACACAAUCGGUAACGCAACCUCGACGGCCGAUCAGCCAAGUUCGGGCUGUUCACUCCGAUCAUCGUUUGUCGCACAAUUUUAGGGGAAAAAGGGAGGGGGAAGAGGACACCCGGAGUUUUGCUGAUAAUUAUUCGCUAUAUGUUCGAGAAUCGAAUCGUCCCGAGAACAUCGUUACGUGUCAGUGUCCGGAGAUCGUUGAACGCGAUUCCUCGACGACGGCUCGCCUUCUCUUAUGAUGUAAUCUUGAAUCCGCAGGGGAUCAUCCUGCUGCGCGCGUUGCGUCUCGAGACAAAAUCGACGAUUUUGCGAUAAGAACCUAUACAAUUUGAUUUCAGUGAUCAAGUAGUUUGAAAAUCUAACAAAAUGGAUGUCGCUGGGGAUCUAAAUUUGCAAUGGAUGGGAGACGUGGAACUACACGAGGAGGUGAUAUGCGGCCUUGAAGCACAGUUGGUUGCUUCAGAGGAGGAGGUGAUAGGCGCUUGCGAGGAAGUGGCAGUGGAAGAAACUGUUGAAUCUGUUCCUGAUGUAGCGCCUACAACAGAGUCUGAGAUACUAAUGGUACCUCAGACUAACGAUAUGGAAUCUAUUUAUAUUGUACCACAAGAUCAGGGCCAUGAUUAUCUGAAUAUACAAGUGACAGAAGAAGUAAUAGCCGACAAUUGGGACAGGCCUGGUCCAGAUGAUGGGGUCGAGAUUCCAGAAACGAAGGUAACACAUGACAAUUUGCUGGAAUAUGACGAUAUGGAGAUACCAUUGCCGAUCGAUCAAGAUUCCUAUCAGAACGCCCGGCCGUAUCCAUGUGACUUCUGCAGUCGUAGGUUCCGUAAAAAGGCAAAUCUGAUGAAUCACAUGGUGGCGCAUCAGACAGAUCGGCCACAUGGUUGUAACUUGUGCGGAGCGCGUUAUGUGCGCAAGUGCGAUUUGAAUAAUCACUUGAAGAUUCACGCAUACAUCCCGUCAACACGGGAAGGUUUGGAGGACGAGUUGAACGACGAAGAUUCUCUAGCAGCCGAAGAGGAGGACGCAACAACAAGUGGUAUCAAGGGCAGACGCAAAAAGGUGCAAUCGAGCGCGCCGCGCAAGCGGAAAAGCAAUACCGCCGCUGGCCUGCCGAAACGCAACAACAUCGAAGAUAAUAUCAAGAUGGAGAUGGGCAAGUAUGUGUAUAAACCGUACGAUAACUACGAGGACACGCUAUCGCUACUUGAAGACGACCUGACCGAUGGUGAUUCUGCCCGCAGCGGCAAUUACGCAUCCAGUUCGAAGUGGCAGAUGGAAGAGAUGUCUGUCGAGCAACAAUCACCGCAGUGGCCCGUCACCGAUCCGACCAAACCAUACGUCUGUCAGUUCUGCGGCGUCGGCUUUGCUAGGGAAAAGGCGUUAGCCUCACACGCGCGCGUUCAUGGUGGUGACAGUCCGUUUGAAUGCACCUCAUGCGGUGAGAUGUUCUGGGAUGUAGGCACUCUGCGAGAACAUGUGCGCGUUAAACAUGGCGGCACUAUUCCGCAGCAAGCUUCCGAGGAGGAGUAUGACAACGAUGCUACUUAUACAGCCGACAACGAAAGAUUUGGCGAGUUUUAUUGCAACACCUGUGGGGUACCAUUCCAUCGUUUAGAUCUGCUUAAACGUCAUCAAAAAGCUCAUAUCAAGCAAGAAGUGGACACAAUGGAAGGUUCCAGUCAACAUCACGUAUGCAAUGUUUGCGGAGAAUGGUUCGAGGAAGCAUUAGCAUUAUUGGCACAUGCAGAACUCCACGCUUCAAGAUCUCCUAGUCGCCGUUGUCUGUUGUGCGGGGCGAGAUGCCGCGACGAAGCUGAAGUUGCAGAGCAUGUGCAGCAAAAUCAUGCCGAGGACGCGCCGCCGAAUACAUGUACUCUAUGUGGAAAAACAUGCAAGGACAAACGCAGCUUAUUAAAGCACUCUUGGGUGCACAAUGUCGACAAGACUUUUAGUUGUACAAAGUGUGCGAAACGUUUUCACAGUAAAGCUAGAUUGCGAAGACAUAUGGUAUCUCAUCGUAAUAAAAUGGUAGCUUGUGAUGAAUGUGGAGAAGAAUUUCCUGAUGGAAGGGCUCUCGUGAGUCACCGUCAUUCGCAUAACAAAGAGCUAGGUGGCCGUUCGUUUCCGUGUCGCGAAUGCGGCAAGACCUUUGGAAGUCGCAGCUCGCAACAGAUCCACAUACGUAUCCAUACGGGUGAGAGGCCUUAUGGCUGCCGGUUCUGUUGGAAGGCCUUCGCUGAUGGUGGUACGUUGAGAAAACACGAGCGCAUUCACACCGGCGAGAAACCGUACGAAUGCGCAAUCUGUUCUCGGGCUUUCAAUCAGAGAGUAGUUCUUCGGGAACACGUUCGCGCGCAUCAUUCCGGGCCGGAUCCAAAAUGCGUGGGCAGUGUGACACCGUUUUUAUGCAAAGUAUGCGGCAUGUCAUACGGUACAUCUGAGGAAAUAGUGGCGCACAUAGUACAGCAUUGCGACGACAAUACUGCGUUAAGUCGUCAGCCGCAGACCGGGCCGCGCAAGUAUAAGAGAAGACGCAAGUUGAAGCCACAUGAGACGAACACAAUGGUACGUAAAAACGAGUUUUCGUACAUGAUGGAAAGCACUACUGGCGGCGGUGGCAGCAUUGGCGGUGGCGGCGGUUCCGAUUCGGAGGACAACACAAAGCGAAAACUUGGCAAGAAAAACAAGCAACAUCGGUCAAAUGUUGAGGAAGGUUACCAAAAUGUACUGAAAAGCUUUGAAAGCUCGCUGCAAAAUAUAAACUCGAUCGUGAGCAACUCCAAAUUGAACGCGUCCAAAUCGAAACUUUCGAAAAAGAAACUGCGCAAGGAGGAUAAGAAAGAGACGCAAUUGUCAAACCAAUCGGGCCGACCGAAGAUGAUACACACGCAAAAGACGCGGGUGCCGGUGGAAGUGGGUAGCGAUGGCGCGAAAAAAGGUCAGAAGACGAAGACGAUGGUAACGCGAACGCCGAAGGUGAUGCCAAACGAGCAUAAGUCUGGCAUUUUCCCUGGCGGUGAAAGAAAUCGACCGCGUACCAAAAACGUCAGUUACCAUAUCGAGGGUAAGCUGCAGGUCACGGCGGCAACGUUUCCGGCAAAACCGAUGAAGGAGGACAUGUCAACGCAGCAGCAACAGCAGCAGUUAUUGAUGAACAUUAAGCAAGAACCUGGUGUACCAAAGGCUACCGGCGACAAUCGCAGGAACAACAAUGGCAAUAUUCUCGCCCUCGGCAAGAAUCAAGAAUCGUCGACCAAAAAGAGAGCGACGACCUUGAAGAGAUCCAAGAGGCAGAAAACGAUAGUGAAGCAGGAAUUUAACGAGACAGUCGAACCGGACGCGGAAGAGCAGCAGCAGCAGCAGCAGCAUUUGCAACUACGAAAUAACAAUAACAAUAAUAAUAAUAACAUGGAGAAUAGCGGCGAUCCAUCGCGAUUAAUGGAGCAUACGGUGGACGGCAGCAAUCUAGAAGUCGCCUUUGAGGCGAGCGUUGUCACCGCUCAAGAAGAGGAUCAAGAUGAGGAGGAAAGCAUAUUGCCGCAUGAUGCGACCGAGGAGAUUGACAACGUAGACAAUAGCGUUAAACUCAGUGUGAAGGUGGAGUCGGCGCCGCAGACAAGGAUGCUCGCUGUGCACAGUGUUAUCACACCAGUGGACGAUGUCCCGGAGACAAUAAUACCGGACGCGGUGGAGUACACAUGCGAGAUGUGCGCCGCGGUGUUUUCCAGCCGUGCCGAAUUAUUGGUGCACGUGCCGAUACACAUUUGAUUUAAUAAUUUAUCCGAGCCGGAAAAUGGCGCGGAAGUUUGUUCUACUUCCUUAAGUAUAUUAGUUUAAUCAAAUCGAAUAUUUCUUUAUCACGGUCCAUGAGGUUUGUUGUUUCGCAGGAGACGACGAUCGUUGGUCCUCGCCUCUAUCACUACUAUCCUAUAUCGCUAUCAUCAUUUCUUCUCCUUUCCAAUCGUUCCAUCUUUCUCACUCUUUGUUCUGCUAGGCGUCAUGAUUCAAUUAUCUAUACUUAUCGUUCUAUCAAAUGCACUCGAGUGUUUCGCGCAUUAGAGAAUUUAUCGACUAUUGUUUAAUUUUUAUCAUCAAUUUGUGAUAUGUUUCUCUUGUAUUAUAUAUUCUUCGUGAAUAUUCAAUUUUCAACUUUGAUGUUUGAAUAGAUGCAGAUAAUGAUUAUACCACCAACUACUAAUGACAAAAUGAAAAUAAGGUGUGUAUGUGAUAUCGUGAAAUGCUAUAUAUCACUAUAUCAUAUAUCGUGAUAUAUUACAUAAGAGAAGAUUGUAUUUCCUUUAAACGAAAACACAUUUAUCUCACAUUGUAUCCGACACGUGAAUGUCGGUUUUUGUAUUGUUGAAAUUUCUAUCUGGUCUAGAAUUUGUAAUAUUGAAAUGUGACACGAGAUUAUAGUUUUACGAUUUUUUACACGAGAAAAUGCUAUGGCACGAGAAGUGCUAUGACACAAGUUGAAUUGAGAAGUAAAAUAUGGAAUAUGCAGACACAAAAACCAUGCAAUUCUUUUUGUACAUUACAAUACGAUAAGUAAAAUUCUAAUACGAAAAGUAAAAUUCUUAAAAUUGAUGUAUGCAUCGACUAGAAUGGACGAUUAAUUUAUUUUAAUAAUGAGCGAACAAAGGCAAGGAGUAAAGUGUUGAAUUACCGUCGCGAGCCACCCUUAUUUUAGUAUUUGUGAAUUUCAAUUUAGGAUUUUCCGCGGUGAAAUCUUUAUUGUAACUAAGUUUGUUAUUCUAUUAUGACGUUUGCUUCUCUAUUUUUCUAGAGAAGAAAAAAAGAUAAAAAUUAAUUUAAAAAAAAAAAUAUUUAUUUGUUACUACCAAGUAAUUAUGAUAAUGACGCGAAAGAUGUCGCGAAACUUGAGAGAUGAUUGUAUGAAUGCAGGAAAUGCCAGAUAACAAUGACUAUGUAAAAAUCAUCUAAACUGUGAAUUGCUCUCAAAAAUUAAUGAAACUGUACAGCACUGCAUGUAUGCUACUUUUAUGAAUGUCAGUUUUUACCUUUAGCACAUAAUUUUAGUUUAUGUACAAUUAUUUAUAUCGUGACCAGUGACCAUGAUCGGUCCAUUGAAUGAUGCGAUAUGAUAAUAUUAUGAUGUUAUUGUUAGAAUACGAACAGAAAGAUAGAGAAAAUCAAUUCUAAACACUGUCACGAACACUAAAGAAGCAAUUGCCGCGAAAUAUUCACAAAUUUGAAUUUUCUUUAUAUCUUUGGACACACCGUUGAAUUUUACAAAAUUAACGACUUCGUGUUCUCUUGUACAUAAAAUUUAGUUACGCUCUUAAGUUCUUUUGAUAUAUAUUAUAAGAAAAUCGAUAUCAUACAUAUAUACAUAUUAUAUAUACAUAUAUACAUUAUAUAUAUAUAUAUAUAUAUAUAUAUAUAUAUAUAUAUAUACAUAUAUAUACAUAUAUUCAAAAUUGUAUAAAAAUGCCGCACUGAUAUAGCUGUUACUUAAAAAAAAUGUAAUAAAUGACUAUAAAUUUGUUAUUCUAUUAUUGUGUGUGGCUGCAAGUUCACAUGAGUGCUUGAUUCAGAUACCUUUUUUUAUUGUCGAUCAUCACAUGAACAAGAGUUUUUACGACUGGGAAAAAGAAAUAUACACAUCGGUACGAAUAAUACUAGUCCAUAUUAUAAGAGAUUUUCACAGUUUCUUUGCUUUAUAAUUUUCAGACACCCAUGCUGCUCAUAGAUUUACGAGUUUUUCAUAUUUAAUAAUUAUUUAUUUAUUUAAUUACUUAAUUAAAUAAAUUUUUAUUUAAUUAAUUAAUUAAAUAAAUUUUUCUUUAAUUAAUCUCUAUUGUGUCGUGUAAGAAUAUUCGUCUUUAAUGCAAUAUGUAUAUAUGCAUAUAUAUAUAUAUAUAUAUAUAUAUAUAUAUAUAUAUAUAUAUAUAUAUGUUCCAUUUGCGUGAAUGUUGAACAAUUUGAACGCAAAAAGCUAAUGAUAUAUUGGAUUUUCUUUUUCUGUUGGAUAUUUUUCCUUAAUUUUCCACUGUUAAGCUCUGUUCUUUAAUAUAUUUAAAUAUAUUUAAAAAGUAGCAUAUAUAAUUAAACUAAAUGUGGAAGAAAUUUUUUAAAUGCGUUUUUAAGUUGCCGCUUUUCACAUUCACCUCUGGCAAAAAUUUUAUCUUUUUUGCGCACAUGUUACAUGAAUUGCUUUUGUCAUUUAUCAAAGACGCUUCUUUUUUAAAUUAUGAUUCUAAAGUUAUUAUAAACUCACAAUCACACACACAAUUGGAGUUAAUCUAAAAUUACUUUAAUAUUAUAAUCAAUUUCUGGGACAAGUGUGAUAUAUGUGAAUCAUUAUUUCUGAAAAAUGUACUCAAUUCUUUUGCGAUAGCCAACGAAGAAUAUAUCAAAUUCAACACUUUAUGCACGUUCUUGCCAUGACUUCGAAUUUUUCAAAUUAUACGAAUAACACUAUUAUCUCACUAACAAUUUUUAUUAAUAUACGUGUCCUUACGAGUACAGUAACUAAUAUUUCGCUGUCGAAAGUAAAAAUUUUGUAUCACACGGAUAAAUUUAGCUGGUAGAGAAAAAGAAGGAGACAAGAAGAAUAUAUUGCAUAUUUACGUUGCAGUAGAGUGGUCGUAAAAUUUCCUGAAUGUUUAAAAAAAAAGAGAGAGCGAUACUCGAAAGAACACUGACAUGUGUGUAUUCUAAAUGGACAUUUGUAUUUAUACUUGCACGGCGUUGAUUAAGGCAAUCAAAAAAAAAAAAAAAAAAAUGAAAAGAAAGAA